CAAAACGCCCAGACAACCGAGGCGCCUACUUCUUCGUUGUUGCCGCAGGCUAAAACUGUAUUCUCACUUACGGACGUCUCGCUCGACGAUCUGCCUGUGCCUCGCCGCGUGCACAAACAUCCUGUUAUCCAAUUGAUGAAAUUGACGAAGAGAAGUGAAUAUUUGGAUCGGAAAACGGACGUUAGGCUAAACUUCACUAUGAGCUCUCUUGGAAGUAUGACUUUUGGCUCAGAGCGCUUUGACGAAGCACGUGCCAGCACCGAUCUGCAGUAUCUUUAGACGUGGGUAGAACGAAGCCGCAAGGCGUUCACCACGCUUGCACUCUCCCUUAGCGUUCAGCUACGGCGUACGCUGGACGUUGAGCGCUUCGAACCCUGCAUGGACGCUCCAUCCCAGCUCUGGGAUGAAAUUCGCGCUCACUUUGAGCAAGGCAACGGCGUGAACCCGACAUACUUAAAAGCACAGAUGUACAAUCGCCGCUUGCAGGCGAGCGAGAACGUAGAUACGUUUGUCCAAGAUAUGGAGCGCCGUCGUCGCCUACUGCUGGACAACGGUGGGUCCAUGGAGGAUUGGGAGCUGGCAGACCUGUUGCUGUCCAACUCCCUGCUAGUGUUCCCACAGCUUGCCAUGGAUCACACGCUGUGGCUCGGAGAGCACCAUCCGAGAGACCUGAGCCUUGCUGCUGCUGUGCAGCGGCUGGGUACUGCUGAGCAGAGUCACCAGCAGCUUCGCCAACAAGGCAGCAACACGAAGGGACAUUGGUAUGGAGAUCCGCAGUGUCCUGUACCUAUGACACCGGAGCAAACGGCAGCCCGUGCAAAACGCGAAAGCAUUGAGAAGAAACGUCGUACAGAAAAGAACGUUCGCUCGUUUGCUGGAGCUGCACUUAUGCAAUUACUGCAGACCGUCGUAAGCAAAUUGAUGGGCCGUGGUCACCGACAUCUCCACCAUCGUCGCCCGUGCUACGACAAGGGCAACGCCAAGUCGGAUACCUUUCCAGUUACCAUGUAUCGCAGCAAACGCAGCGUCAGCCUCUGGACGAGCAACAGCAAUAUGACCGCCGUAGUGCACCUCGAGGCAACGAUCGUGGAAGGUCAACAGAGCAGCAUCUCCCAUCGCCACGAGCCGGUAACUGGAGACGCAACCAAUCACCGCGACUAG